AUAAAGCUUUGCGUAUUCUUGACAUUCAAACGCUUGUACGCUACAGACGUCCUUCCAGCAAAAAUGGCUGCCAUGACCGUAGGUCAGGUCGCUCUCCUUGGAAGGUUGCACAUACCUCGAGCUGUAGGUGGAGUGUACUUAGUCCAGCACAGGGAUUCCAGUCAACUGGCUAACAUCCGUAGAGGAAGAGGCGGACGCUCCUCCUUCAGUGGACAUGUUGUUACAGUAUUUGGUGCAACUGGUUUCAUAGGAACAAAGCUUAUCAACAGAUUGGGUAAGAAUGGCAGUAAGAUCGUCAUACCCUACAGGGGCGAAGCGUACCGAGCCCAGCACCUCAAGGUAGCCUCAGAUCUGGGACAGACACAGUUCAUGCCAUUUGACUUGAAGGAUGAAGACUCGAUCAGAAGGGCCUUACAGUACUCCGACACUGUCAUCAAUGUUAUACAUAAGGACUACCCCACAAAGAGGUUCUCCCUGGAAGAUGUGCAUAUAACUGGAGCUAGGAACAUUGCUCGGCUAUGUAGAGAAGAGGGAGUGACGAAUCUCGUACACUUUUCACAUCUAAUGGCAAGCCCAGACCCAGAAAAGCUGAUUACACCAGAAGGAACAGAAUUUCUAAAGGCGAAAUAUUAUGGUGAACUUGCUGUUCGAGAAGAAUUUCCUGAGGCCAUUGUAUUCCGGCCAGCAAUCAUGUUCGGAGACAGUGAUCGAUUCUUGAGAAAGUUUUACUACAUUGGUUUGGGCAAACGAUGUGAAUAUAAAAUUAAACUAUGGAAGCAAGGAAAGGAAACCAUUAAGAUGCCAGUCUUUGGCUCAGACGUGGUAGAUGGUGUCAUCUCUGCUCUAGGAAAACCAGAGGCCAGAGGCCAGAUAUAUGAAGCCCUUGGCCCAGAAAGCUACUUCUUGCACGACCUGGUGAAAUUUUUCUAUUUCUGUAUGAGGAGGCCAUUAGUGGGAUUUGAGGAAUUCACUGAAAACUAUUUAAUGAAAAUGAGAUACGUAGACCCUCGUAAUCCUUUUAGUCUGUACAGACUUCAUAAUCUGUACACACUGAACCAGGACUUUGUCAAUGACCAGCCAACCGGUCUACCCACGCUUGAAGAUCUAGGUGUGAAGUUAACGAAGAUCCCAGACCGUGCCAGGCACGAGUACAAGACGACACGUUGUGACCGUUACUAUGAUGAGGACUUGGGUCAGUUUGCCGAGUCUGGGGACCCCCCCACUGCCUCUGAGAGUGAGCUUGCUACUGUUCGUGAAAUGGAAACAAAGGAUCACGACACAAAAUUGUCUCGCUAACGUGUCUUCACCAGCAGUGUGAUGUUAAAGAACAUCUUGCGAUACAUUAUAGAGCAAACUUUUUACAUGCUGAAAUGAUUUCAUCAUUUCAAAGCGACUGUGUACUUGUGGGGCAAUUGUUUUGAGUGAAAUGUCCUGUUAAAAAGUUGUAAUAAAUAUUUAUAGAAAAUA